CCAAACAUGAAAAGGAUCGAUCCUCCUCGACCAACUGUCAAACGCAAAGUUGCAGUUCAAACCCUUUUUGAGAUCUCCACUCUCAACUCUCAAGUAAUCCCAUUGUUCCCUCUGAACCGAAACCUUAAAACAAUGCUCCAGUUCCUCGUAACAUACAAGAACCUAAUACUCCACACAUCACUCACUGUCUCCCUCACUUUCCUCCUCUCAUUCUUCAAAAUCCCAUCCCUCUCCCUCCAUGGCCUCCACAGCUACAUCCAACCCGAAAACCUCAACCAAGACGGUCUCCGAGCCGCCAUUAGACGACCCCAGAGCUCCAACACAAGCCCCACUCUCGACGGCUACCAAAACUUAUCUUCCAAAGCCGGCGCUGAGCCCAGGAAGAGGAACAAAUCCAAGAACAAGUUCGAGUUCGAUGAGAACAAUGCCCAGAUCUUCAGGAUCAAGCUCGACGACAAUCAUAUUCAGUCCCGCCUCUAUUUCGAUGAGUAUCGCACUGUUUUUACUCUCUCAUUUGUGUGCCUUUCUUGUUUAUUGCUUCAAUUUUACUUGGGUGCUUCAGCGAGCUCUGGGUUUUGGGUUAAUGGAAUUUUUGUUCCCGUUCUGUUAGGAUUUGUGAAUGUUUGUAAGUUGUUUGUAUUACUUGCGAAGGUUUCGUUCGAGAAAUCCGCGUCGAGGUGGUCGGAGAAGCAACUGAGUAUGCUGGUUGGGGUUUUGGGGUUUAUGCUAGGGCUGAUGAUUUGCUCUGAGAUUGUUCCUAGGGUUUUGGAUUUCAAUUUUGGGUUAAUUAGUGGGUUUGGGAGGGUUCUUGUUGCUGUUUUAAUGGGCUGCCUCGCGGGGUUUCUGCUUAUGCCGGCAUUGAAAAAUGCAAGGGCGUUUUGGCUUGGAACGGAUCAGCUUCGAAGCAAUUUAUCCAUGAUUUAUUGUGGAUGGUUUGCUAGAAUGAUUCUUUAUGCGAAUAAUAUGUUGAUUAUGUUCACUGCAUUGCUUUGGAUUAAUCCAUUUUCUGAAAUUCUUAUUAACAAGAACAUUGAUGAUCGUAAAGGAGGGCGUGCGGGUAGUGAAAUUGGGAAUGCUGAGAGGCUGACUGGCAGUGUUGGUAUGUCUCGUUCAGAUUUUAAUAAGGUAAGGGUUUGGUGCUUGUUGCUUUCGGGUUUAUUGCAACUUGUGGCUUUAAGACCAAACGUGCAGAUGUAUUUGAAUGAGGCAUUGUUAUCUUGGUACCAACGGUUGCAUGCUAGCAAGGUUCCAGAUUUGGAUUUUAGUAGGGCGAAGGUUUUUCUGCACAACCACUACUUAUGUCUUAUAGUUUUGCAGUUUGUUGUGCCGCCAAUCCUGGUACUUCUCUUUGUUGGCUUAUCUCAGAUUGAUGGUAACUCCUUUGUAAAUUACCAAUCUGUGUGUGGUCUACUGCCUUGCUCUGCUUUUGUGGAGGAAGUGGCUUUGUUUUUGGCUUGGUGGGUUGUCUUUGUUUGGGCUGUUUUCACUUCAGGAAGCCUUGUAUUGUAUCGUCGUGGCAUUUUGUAUGUGUCUUGAUGACUGAUUUUUGGUUUUGGCCUUACAAUUUCUGUGACUUUUGGAUUUUUUUUCCUGAGUGAUGAGUGUUGUAACGGGAUUCUUCUAAAUGCUGAUAUGCACAAUCCGCUGCACUACAAAUACUUUAUUUGGUGCUUUUGUUUGUCAA